UCAAUCAGACAUUUUGCAUCCCAAGUGAAGCUGGCAACGCCGAGUUCACCCGCUUGAAUAUUUAUACUCCCGGGAAAAAAUUCACAAGCAAUUCAGUUGAUAAUAAGAUUUAUUCGAGAAAUAUUACAAAAUACAUUUACGGCGAUACCAAACUUUUGAUACACUGCGAAAGUUGAUUCCUAGUUUCCUUCAAUGCGUAAUAGAUAGCCAAUUACAACUUCGCAAAUAAACAUAACCUAUACCUAACCUAAAAAUACCGCAUCCGAUUUUCUCGUUCCUACAUUUUCGUAUAUUUAUGAGCCAGUAAAAGUUUCGGUAAUAUUUUUUUUUUUACUUUAUUUUUCCUAGGAAAUCGAGGCUUAGUUGUUGUUGUUCGAAAUCAUAACCUUCGUAUGUGAUAAGGAAAGAAAAAGAGAUGAAAGAUGUCUGAUGCAUUUGAGGAAAUUCAGGCGAUAAAGAUAAAGAGGAACAGUCUAAGAGAAAAAUUGCAAAAACGUAAACGAGAGAGACACGAAUUAUUCACUCUCACUUCGACCCCACCAGCUACAGAAUCAUCUGUGAUUGACACGACUAAUAACAAAUCUGAACCGGUUGAAUACGAACAAGAUGUCUUGCGAAUUUUGCAUCAGUGUAUCUCCAGCUUACCAAUCACAUCGACUGAUCUCACAGAUCAACUCAGAAAAGCUCUCAGCAUUGACAUAUCAUUUUCAGAUAUCAACAAGCUCUUGGAAAAAUUAUCUGCACAAGACAUUAUCAGGAUCAAGGAAAUUACAGAGAACGAUGUCGUCGGAUAUACAAUUCUGUCUAUUGCGGAAUCGAAUUCCCAGGCAGAUUUGUUACAUGCUGAAAACAUUGUUGAAGAGGAAAAACUGGGGGUUUCACUGCCUGCCGCAAUCGAGGAGGAAAGUCCACCGGAAAAACAGACAAAGCUCGAUAAGAAGAAUACUGAGGACAUCAUGUCACUGAUAUCUAUGCCUACAAUAAGAGAAAAGGAGAGUAAAAAAGUCGGGGAACAGAUACUGGACCUUUUGUCAAAACAAACAUCGAAGGAGAAGUCAUUGGCCGAACGUUUUAGGUCUCAGGGUGGUGCCCAAGUUAUGGAAUUUUGUCCACACGGUACUCGUACAGAUUGCGCCAAGCUCAAUGGCAACAGUCAGCCAGGGUCUGGGCAAGCGUUCAAUGAGAAGUGCAAGAAAUUGCAUUUCAAGAAAAUCCUUCAAAGUCAUACUGAUGAAAGCUUGGGAGACUGUAGCUUUUUGAAUACUUGCUUCCACAUGGACACUUGCAAGUACGUUCACUAUGAAGUUGACGGUCCCACUGCGCAACCUAAGGAUCAGGGCGAAGCAGACGCAACAACUUGUGGAAAUACUUCCAGAACAACUGCUCUAGAUCCAAAACCAGUGAGCAAUAAUAAUGGCUCAACGGGAGCAUCGGACCUGACACUGUAUCCUCCUCAGUGGAUCCAGUGCGACCUGAGAUAUCUGGAUAUGACGGUGCUGGGAAAGUUCGCAGUAAUAAUGGCGGACCCUCCUUGGGAUAUCCAUAUGGAGCUUCCCUACGGGACAAUGUCGGAUGACGAAAUGCGGCAACUCGGAAUCCCUACCCUGCAAGAUGAGGGUCUCCUAUUUCUUUGGGUGACCGGACGAGCCAUGGAAUUAGGCAGAGAAUGCCUCCAGUUAUGGGGCUACGACAGAGUGGACGAGAUUAUUUGGGUGAAGACUAAUCAACUUCAGCGCAUUAUAAGAACUGGGAGAACCGGUCACUGGCUCAAUCAUGGGAAAGAGCACUGUCUGGUUGGUAUGAAGGGAUUUCCCAGGGUAAACAGAGGUCUGGACAGUGAUGUCAUCGUGGCCGAAGUGAGGGCGACGAGUCAUAAACCCGACGAAAUUUACGGGAUUAUAGAAAGAAUGAGCCCGGGAACCAGAAAGAUCGAGUUAUUCGGAAGACCGCACAACGUUCAACCGAACUGGAUCACUCUGGGAAAUCAGGUCGACGGUGUGCGAUUGAUUGACCCGCAACUGAUUAAAGCUUUUAAGAAACGCUAUCCCGAUGGAAAUUCGAUGAAGCCGAGUAAAUCUUAGCGAUAUUUAAUAUUCUGUAUAUUUAGAACAAAAUUUUCAACAUCGCAACCUUGAGAAUCUUGACAGCGGACGGAUUAUUAACAAUAAGAUAGGAAUUACAACUUGACCAAAUAUUUUGUGAUUUUUAAGUUUCAAAAUGGUGAUUUCAAAAAUUCAGACGUGCUGGAAUUGAGCAAACAGAAAAAAUUUUUAAUAAAAAAAAUACUAAAAAUAUUCAUUUGUUCUAUUUUUUAAUCAAUGCCACUACAACGAUACAGUAGGUACGAUAUUUGUACUUGCUUUUUUGUGUCACUUUUUCUUUAAAUAUAUAAAUCAUUAUUAUAAUAGUUGUUCCCAAAUUAGCAAUAGCAAUAUCUAUUUACAACAAAGUUGAUAAAUUACUGAUCUGAAACAAUAUCGGAAAAGAGACAGAGUGUCUAAAUACCAAGGAUAUGCCACAGCUGCAGAUUAUCUCUGAAAGUUCCAAUGGAUAGAAUAGAACAAGAAACAUUUACAGCUUUAUUCUAUAAUUGCAGUUUUGAAAAUGCAGAAUUAUAGAAUAAGCCACGUGAUCUCCCUUUCUGAUUGAUGUGAUUCUUCAAGUAAAUAAUUAAAUAAAUUGACAGAUUUUUCACACAAACGAAUGAAAGGUUCAAAUUUAAUUUUCACUAAAUGAAAAGUAGCUUUCUUUGUUUUUUAUUCUUGGAGAAGAUUCCGAAGUAAUUCAGCGAAUUCGGCUCAUCAGCAUUAAAACACCCUGCAAACUUUGCUGGUGUUGAGUAAAACGUGCGUCUUAUCAUCGCCUAAAAGAUCUCUCGUCGAAUUUAAAAAUAAUUAUUAACUGAAGAGAAAGUAUAAGAAAAUAAAACCUACGCUUCACGAGUCGUAACCUAAUAUCAUAAAACACCGCGUUUGUCCGAAGUUCUCUAUGUAUAAAUGCAGGAAUAUAUAUAUUUACAUUAG